CGGUGGCCGGAGAUCAUCGAGAAGAUAAUGCUGCAAGCGUUGCAUUGAAGUCGAUUUAUACCAGUUUUUGGACAAGUAUGAAGUUAAUGUUCAAGGCGAGGAGAAGGAUCCGGCGGAAGAGGAGGACGACGAGAAGCAUAAUCGGAGGUGGUCAGCCCGGAUGUUGCACUCGGUUUCGACGGAAGUUGGAACGAGAUCUGAAGAAUCUGAUCAAGAACAUCUUCCCGGAAUACCGAAGAAGUCACUGCAACUACCCGCUCGCAAACGAUCACCUCGCGAUGGCGCAGCUUCGGCCGAAUGAACCUCCCAGGCACAUUACUUCCCAGCCGGGAAAAGUCGACUACCCUUCCCGAAUCCGCCAACGGCCGUCUCCUCCGAGCCUGUCCUGAUGAAGGCCGAAAACAUGACCACCCUGUUCUCUACAUCGCUGACACGCUCUAAAAUGAAGGCUGCGAUGCUACUGCGCAACGA